AUGGAUUCUCCCCUCCGUGUGGCGUUAAUAUCGGUGCUGUCCAUUGAGUGCAUUCUGGGGACAGCAUUGAAUGCAUUUAUUGUGACUGUUUGUUUGCUGAAAUGGCUGAGAUGCAAACGCAUGCCAAGCAGCGACAAGAUCUUGCUAUCUCUCAGCUUGUCCAGAAUUUGUCUACAGUGGGCUAACACUUUGCACAAUUUCUUGCGUGCUUCCUUACCCGCUUUAUACACGCAGGUUCGUUUCAGCAGCAUCUUCUUGGUCGUGAGAAUGGUCUUCAACUACUCCAGCCUCUGGCUGGCCACUCUGCUGUGUGUGUUUUACUGCGUGAAAAUUGCAAACUACAGGUCCGCGAUAUUCACCUACGUGAAGGGCAGGAUCUCUGGACUGGUCCCGUGGCUCAUUCUGGCAUCUCUGUUCAUUUCUUUGACUUCAAGUCUUCCACUUGGAUGGUACUCUUUUACCCUUCACGACAAAAAUUCAACCCACGGCAACUCGUCGAGCCAAGAAACGUACUUGGUACAGAAUUUUACAAAUCAGUUCCUUCUGUACUGUUUGCGAUCUUCUCUUCCUUUCGUGAUAUUCUGCGUUGCAGGUUUUCUUUUAAUUAAAUCUCUGUGGGUGCAUACCAGACAGAUGAAAAACGGCGUAGCCAGUCUCCAAAAUGCAAAGUUGGACGUUCACGCCAGUGUGGUGAAAAGUAUGAUCUUCUUUUUCUGUCUCUACCUCGUAUUUUUCAUGGUCAUGAAUUUGAUAUUUUCUGGACUGCUGCCAGUGGGAAGCGUGUGGAUGGUCCUGUGUUCAAUUUUGGUUUCUGCGUAUCCAUUUCUGCAUUCAGCCAUGCUCAUCUAUACCAACAGCAAAUUGAAAGAGUCUUUUGGGAAUCUCCUUUAUCACAUUAAAAAUAAGAAGUUCUGCGACAAGCCAUCGGUUUUAUCUGUUGUUAAACAAAUAUUAUAA